GUAAUGUUGUGUCGUCUCUCGUCUUUCUCUGUCAGAUCGCAGAUCUCAUUCAUAUUGAUGAAAACUAAAUAGGCGCAUAUCAGUUCAGUCAUUAUUUAAUAAUUUCCUAAAUAUCAAAGUAUAUGUAUCAACAGUGUUUUCUAGUGUUUAGUUAUCUCGCAGUGUGUUAGCUAUAAUUUUUGGCUUUAGGAAUUCAACCCCCUGAGAAAUAUGUGAGCAUAUUUAGGCUAUCCUAUUCCUAAUACGUCUUUGCUGGACAAUCUAAAUAGGCCUAGCCUAUUAUCAUUAUUGGAAACAAUGGAAGUUGUUGGCGACUAUGAGUAUAGUAGCAGGGACUUAAUUGGACAUGGAGCAUUUGCUGUUGUGUUUAAAGGUCACUUGAGAUCGGAUCAUUCUCAAGUUGUUGCAAUUAAAAGUAUCACAAAGAAGAAUCUAGCAAAAUCUCAAAGUUUAUUGGGCAAAGAAAUCAAAAUACUAAAGGAACUUAGGGAACUGAACCAUGAAAAUGUUGUAGCAUUACUGGACUGCAAAGAAUCAGCAAAUCAUGUAUUUUUGGUUAUGGAGUACUGCAAUGGAGGAGAUUUGGCGGACUACCUGUCAGUUAAGGGAACACUCAGUGAAGACACCAUAAAAUUGUUCCUUAGGCAAUUGGCUGGAGCAAUGAAAGCACUGCAUGCUAAGGGUGUUGUCCACAGAGAUUUAAAGCCACAAAACAUUCUGUUGAGUCACUCUGGCAAUAGACCUUCUCCUCAACCUCAGCACAUUAAGCUAAAAAUUGCUGAUUUUGGCUUUGCUCGUUUCCUACAAGAUGGUGUGAUGGCCGCUACUUUAUGUGGAAGCCCCAUGUACAUGGCCCCUGAGGUGAUCAUGUCACUACAGUAUGAUGCCAAAGCAGAUCUGUGGAGUCUGGGCACCAUUGUGUUCCAGUGCCUGACAGGCAAGGCUCCCUUCCAAGCUCAGACACCUCAGGCUCUCAAACAGUUCUACGAGAAAAAUGCUAACCUCGCUCCCAAGAUUCCCAGUGGCACAUCACCAGAGUUAACCUCUCUACUGAUGGGUCUGCUGCGACGCAACGCCUCAGAUAGAAUGUCCUUUGAUACAUUCUUCUGUCACUCGUUCCUUCAGCCACCAGCUCCACCCUGUGAACCACCCACUCUACCAGAUGCAGACCAAGGUCUCAAUAAUGUUCAGCUUACCUCUCACAUAUCUAAGUCUUGGGUCGUGUGGAAUAAAGAUUUUAACACAUGUACAAGUCCAGAGGACUCAGAUGGUUUUGAAUUAGUCCCAAACAACCUUCCUACGGACAAGCAUGCAAAGGAUGUCUGUGCCAGCCCACCCAGACCAAGUUCACUUCCGAUUCCUGUCCCGACCCAACACAACGUCUUCCCUACACAGCAGGAGGUGCCGAGGUCUCGUCAAGUAGGCAGAGCGUUCAGUCGCUCUCCUCCAGACAUCAGCUCUAUAUCUCCUCCUUCUGUACAGUUUGUGCUGGGUACGCCUCCAGGAUCUCGCAGACCUGUGGCUGAGACUCCUCCUCCAGUCAACACAUGGACCGUCACUCCCACCAGCUCUCCUCUCCGCAAGUCUGUGCUUAGCUCUCCCAUUCUGACGGGUCAUACCAAUACCAUCAACAGCAACAACAUGCUGCCGUUGGUGCCUUUCAGUUCCCGAGCCAUCACCUUGCCUGAUUUGGGUCACUUGGAUGCUCCCACACCUUUUGUUGUCCCUGAACUGCCACCUGAAACACUGCUUGAAAAGGAGCACAAUGAGACAUUGGCCAAGCUCAACUUUGUGCUUGCAGUGUCAGAGUGUAUCUGUGACGUAGCUACAGGCAGAUCCAGGGCUGAGUGUCUGGUGUUGCUGUAUAGAGCAUUACAAUUGCUACACUCAGGACUCAACCUGGCAACCACUAAGCUGAGAGAGAAGACACUGCAGCCAAGCCCCAGCGUCAAGAAAGUUGUUUCAAACAUGAAUGCCAAAUUUCGCAAAUGUCUCAACGAGUGCAAACUUCUAAAUGCCAACUCUCCAGGCCUGAUACAAAAUGCCAGUGCUACAGCUGACAAAAUACUAUACAACCACGCUAUAUCUAUGUGUCGCUCAGCAGCUCUGGAUGAAUUGUUUGACAACUCUACAGAGUGUUUCCAGCGUUACCAGACAGCACAUAUACUGCUGCACUCUCUAGCCCAGACAGUGACUUACCAGCAAGACAGGGCACUCCUCACCAAGUAUAAAGAAGCAGUUGAGAAAAGACUGAAUGUUCUGCAAAAGCAAGGAGUAGUGUACGCAAACAGUACUGAGAUAUAAAUCAUCAAGUCUACAUCCUCGCAUUACUUUUUAAGAGAAUGGCUUACUUGUAAACUAUUUCAUAAUCAAAACCACAUUCUUUUCAUAGUUGGCCAUUAUUCAUCAAGAUAGUUAAUUAUAUAUUGUUUUUUAAUUGUUAUUUUGGUAAUUUUGGACUGGUUUUACAGUAAGGCUUGGAAAUAAGAUGUAAGGGUGGACUUUUUUACUUGUAUGAUAGUGAUUUCAAAAAUAAUAUUUUGCUCUUAUUCAAUUUUUCUAGUCUACUAAACCUUAAGACCAGGCGUAUGCCGAGACAGAAAACUAUGCCACAUAUAUCCUUACAGAACCAUGUAAGCUGACAUGCAUGCAUGUAUGUGUCUGGCACAAAUAUGGACCAGCAUGCUACAUUUUUUUAAAUAGCCACAUGCCACACAACUCCGGUGCAAACCUGAGUACUCCUUAGGAAAUAUAUUUUUUUUAUCCAUCAGGCAAAUGAAAAUUUACCAAGUCUGCAGAUUUGUUUUGGUGGGGUUGGUAUUAUGAUGUAAAAUCUUAUUAAUCAAACAUUUGUUUUAAUAUGUAUACACACUUUUCACUAUACUUUUUGAAACACAAUAUAACUGAACCAAUUUUUACUUUUCCAUAGUGGUCUCAAAAGAGUUUUUAAUGUGCUGCGCCACAACAUGUGCUGGUCAAACAUUCAUGAGUUGCAGCUCUUGCACCCCAAAACUUGGCUUGCAUGCAUUGUGUUGCCUGGGUCUAAGUAUAUGCCCGGCCUAAAAGUCUUUAAAAAAAACUAACAACUGGUCAACAUCUAAUAUGUUCGGUUUUUAUUGUAAAGCAAAAUCCUCUUGAUAAUUUUCCAUAAUGACUAAAACUCAAUAAUUUUGCACUUUUUAAGGAUUUAGCAGCUAUCUCUCAAUGUUGCUCUAAGUUUUAAAAGUAAAGAGAAUUAAUUUCAAUCACAGGUCCUAAGAUUUUAGCAAAAUGUAUGUGAUUUUAGUUGUACCAAAAAAUAAAUAAAAUGCUUAUAUAAGUUUGGUUUUAAGUAUUCUCGUAUAUUAUUUCAAAUAGGGACAGGUUGAUAUAAUCGAUGUGAUUUACAUAACAUUUAUUGUAUAAUUAGUUCAAAGUGUAUUUGACAUACUGUGUACCGGUAUUGAAUUAAGGUAUUUUCUUUCAGAUACACUAUAUAUUUUUGUAAAACGUUUACAUUUUACUAAAUGGACACAUUUAUUUAGCGUUAUUUUAUCUCUUAUUACUGUUAUUAUAAUAAUAUUUUUGUAUUAUGAAAUAAUAGUCAACUGCAAUACGAUUAAUGUUUUAUUCACAAUACAAUAAUAUAAAACCUACAAACGGUUAAAAAGAAGUUAAUUUGUAUUAAUAUAUUUCAAAUGGAGAAAUUGUUUCAUUUGUUGUAUAGUUUAUUAUAUUUCAGUAGCCAUAAAAUAAGUUUAAUUGACUAAAAUAUUUAAUUUUCUAAGCACCAUAUUAUUAGAAUAAAUUAUUGUUUUUAACGUAGCCUACUUCUGACUGUGUAAUGUAAUGUAAUAAUGUCCUCCGUAUAUUUUUAAAACAUCUUCAAGUUUAUUGAUGAAUUCCACAGAAGUGCUUCAAACAGUUUUACUUCUCAUCAGUAAUCUAUGAUGGAGAUAAAAGUAUAUUAUUAUUUUACUAUGAUUAGUUUGUUGCACUUUGCUUUGGACAUUUUAGUUAAUAUUUAUUUCUGGUAACAACUUACUAUGUGCUAAUUUAUGAUCAAUACAGUGUCAAUAAAUUAAAAUGCUAACUACUUUAUACAGAUAGUUCUAUUGUAAAUAUAUGUGUGUAAAUAUUUUAACUAUGAGUUAAUUACCUACACUUUCACAUAGAUGCUGUUAUCUAGUUUAAUUUUUAUUGUUGAAUUUCAUUAUGACUAAUUUAUGACAAAUGAGAAAGCAUGAUGUAUGGGUAUGUUUAGCAGUUAUAUUUCAACAGCCAAUAGUUUUUUACAUUAAACAUAUCUUUAUAGUUGUCCUGAAUUAAAUUCAACAUUUUUAAGGUUUAAAAGAAUGGUAUUAACAUUCAAUUAUCUGUUAUCAUUAAAGGAAUCAAUACCAGUUUUAUAAAAAAAAAAUGGACAUUUUAAGCUGCACAAAGAGAACAUUUUUGCAUUUCUACACUCAAAUCUCUUGAAUUAAAUGAAAGAUAAGUGGUAUAGCCAGGCCCGUUUUUGACCCUGUCGGCACCCUAGGCACAACUAAUAGUAGCGCCCCUUUGCAUUAUAUAUAUCAGGGUAUCCACCAACCGGAAAAUCCGGGAACUAUGCGUGAGGUUUUUUUUACAGGGAAUUAUGCGUGAAUUUUGUAUUUCUACCUGGAAUUUUCAAUUUACCGCCAUUGCGCAUGACAACUGUGACGUUUCCGUGACCGCGGGAGGCGAUAAUAUCCCUACACACAGCCGCGAGGGAUAAUCACAAUUUUUCAUGAUCACGGAAGACGAUGAUGAUCUCCACACGAUUGCGUCAUAUGAUUGACAUUUUGCCGCAAUCGCGGGAGAAGAAUACAAUGUCUUUAUGAACGCGGGAGGCUAUUACUAUGUCCACACGACCGCAGGGCGGCUGGGGACGAUAUAAUGAUGUCUUCACGGCCGCGAGGGGUGAUCACAAUUUGACAACAAUAAUGUCCACACGACCGCGGGAAAAGAUCAGAAUUUUGCCUCAUUCGCAAGUAGACGAUGAUAAUCUCCUGACGACCGCGGGAUAUAUUCAUUUUUUUCCGCGAUCAUGGAAGACGAUAAUUAUGUCUACAUGACAGCAGAAAAUAGUCAGAAUUUUGCCGCAAUUGGGGGAGACAAAUAUUAUGAUGUCUACACGACCGCGAGGGAUUAUCAGAGUUUUAACACGAUCGUAUGCAAAUACAACCACAAAAUACUUUUCUAAAUGUAAUAUUUUAGAAUAAAUAUUUUUCUCUCCAAUUUGUUGGCGCCCUCCAAAAAAGCCAAUUGCCUUGCGCCCCAUGCAUGUGCCUACUGUGCCUAUUCGGUAAAUCGGCCCUGGGUAUAGCUCCAGUGUCCAGUAUUAAAAUAUAUUUUGUGUCGUUUAGCAAUUGACCGAUUUCUUAAAAGAAGUUUCAUAUAAUAUUCAUAUGAAUGGUAUUUGUGUGCUUAACAAUGUCAGUAUGUUAAAUUAAAAAAACAAACACUUAAUUUAACCUAAUCUAUCGCCAAAACCUGGGGCUCACAUGUAAAUAUUUACCUUGAUUUGUCAACACUAACACAGCAAAUAUGUAAAUAAGUUCUA